AUGAACCACGAUGAGAAGCUCGCCCGCCAAACCCGGGAGGCCGUAGACAUGGCCUUUCGCUACCAUGGCACCCCGUCUGGCUCUAUAACGAGCGAUGAAUUUCUUGGAGGGUUGGGUCCACAACGAGGUACAGAGUUGUGCAUGGCUGUGGAGUUAAUGUUUUCCCUCUCCUGGCUGCAUCGUCUCUUCGGUGACAACGACUACGCCGAUCUCACAGAGCAGGCAGCUUUCAAUGCCCUACCAGGGGGUAUUUCGCCGGACUGGUGGACCCAUCAAUAUGUAACCCAGUCCAAUCAGCCAUGGAUCAAGCGACUGGACGGUCGACCCUUCUAUGAUGUGAGCCCGUAUGGCAAUAUCUUCGGACUGGAACCAGACUACGUAUGUAAAGCCCUGCACUUUUCCCGAUGUGAUCAAGUGUAUAUGCCCGAAAUUUAUUGGCUGACCUUUCGAGAUAAUGUAGCCGUGCUGCUUGGUGGCAAUGGCCUGAUCCAUCGCUUCCUCAUCCCUGCUGAGACCUCCAUAGAGCUCGAUGGGGGACAUGCCUCCGUCACAGCCGAUACUCACUAUCCAUUUGACCAGAUAAUCAGUUAUAAGUUCACUACCACAAAGAGCUUCGAUUUCUAUACUCGACUUCCUAGCUGGGCGACGGCAUCCUCGCGCGCCAACCUGCCAGGUGGACGUGUAAUCCCCCUAGUGCGCGAACACGACGACGUCUUCCAUUUCACAGUUCCAACCGGGUCGUCGCAAGUCACUGUCACGCUUGGUACUGAAGUCCGGGUCGUAAACCGGCCGUUAUCCUCUGCCGUCUCCAUCUACUGGGGUUCGUUGCUCUACGCCCUCGAUAUCGCCUACACCGAGACUAGCACAGCACCCACUCAUUGGAAAAAGAACGUGGAUCCUUUGCCAACGGAUUCAACGUACCCCCAACUUCGCGAUCGUAUGCUCAUUCCCAAGGAGGAAGCUGAGUGGCGAGUGGCUAUUGAUCCCUCUCAGAUCGUCACACACUGGGCUAAUCGCGACACGGACCCAGAAAGCCCACUUCCUAACCCGAUAUACGCGCGUGGCGCCCCGCCGAUGGUUAUCUCGGUUGCGGCGACCCGGAUUGCAUGGCCGGUGGUGAACGGGGCUGCGCAUGGAGUCCCAACAGAGGUCACUACCGAGGUUAUAUGUAGUGCAUUCGAAUGCGAAUCUUCCCUCCUUUACAGAGGAAAAGUAGCAAACUUAUGA